AUGGCGGGGGAUAUUGUGGUGGGGAUUCUCUAUAACUUAGUAUUACCUCUUCUUCUGCUUGCAGGAAAAACAGGGAAGUUCCUGCUGCUCAUCUGUUCUACCAGCGUGACGUUUCUGGCUCUCCAGUGUUUCAUGCAGAUCACUUUUGCCUACGUACCUCAGAAUGAGAACGAAUAUUGGGAAAAUGUUCUCUACCAUUUGGGCAUUGUACGGUUCAGUUUGGUGGAUGCAGGGAACACUUUGCGUCUCUUAGCCCCUGAUCUGGGGCUCUUCCUGUCUGGGCUCUUCAUACUCUGCCUGGUCAGGAAGCUGCUGUGCCCCGCGCCACAACUUAAUGUCCACGAGAACUGCAUCAAACCUUCUGACCCUGAGGAUGUGGAGAUGUCCGACUCAGAGUCUGAAGUCGAAAGUGAUGUCACAGAUGGCUCGUCCUGUGACAGCUCAGAUGAAAUCACAGCGGCGCCGGUAACCCCUCCUCAGUUUGUCCAGAAGUUUAUUGCAUUUGCCCUUGGACUGCGCCUCUUGCUGUCCGCCAUCAUGAACACAGCAGGGAAAGUAGUGGUCACCAUACUACUGGGGCUGGCAGGCAUCGCCCUACCCUCCCUGACUUCGGCAGUGUAUUUCGGGACAUUCCUGGGCCUGGUGUGGUGGUGGGUGUUUCUCCGCUCCCUCAGCCUGCUGUUUUUCAGUACCCUCUGCGUGAUGAUGGCUAUAUUCAGCGCUGGUCACCUGCUGUGCCUCUACCUGUACCAGCUUCCCCUGGCCCAACAGAUCGUACCCCCACAGGACAUCUACGCCAGGCUGUUUGGUAUGACAGCGUUCAUCCGGACCAAUGAGACUGAGCCAUACAGUCUGGGUCUGCAGGCAGAUGUCAGCUGGCCUGUCUUCAUCAACCCCAUGGUGCUGCUGCUCCUCUAUUACACAAUGGUGGCUUUGCUGCACAAGUGGGUCUACAUCCCCGAAGAAGAGGAUACUCUGGUGAAGUCUGAGAGUCCAGUAGAAAUCCCAGAGGAUCCCCCCAGCUUCUCCAAGAUCUUAUUCAUCUCAGGAGACAGACUGGAGCUACUGACCAGUACGGAUGAGGAAACUUACAUGCCAGAUGAGGAGGUGCAGGAGGGGAGGAGUGAGGUGUCUAUGAGCGAGGGGAUGAGUGAGGUGUCUAUGAGGGAGGGGAUGAGUGAGGUGUCUAUGAGCGAGGAAGAGAAUGGCCCCAGUGGACUGGCUGUGUUUGGCCUGUUCAUCAUGAAGCACAGCUACAUCAGCGCACUCAUCAUCAUGAUGGUGUGGAGCAUCACCUAUAACAGCUGGCUGACGUUCGCCCUGCUGGUGUGGUCGUGUGUGAUCUGGAUGAUGCGUGACCGUCGGCGCUACGCCAUGAUGAGCGCUCCCUUCCUGGCGGUGUACGGCACCUUGCUGUUGCUGCUCGCCUUCCUGAGCGGCCUGAGGCUGCGGCGGGAUGAGCUGUACCCUGGCCUGCCACAUGCCAUGCUGGUGGACUUUGACAUGGCCAUCUACCCAGCACCCUGCAUCCACCUGGGAGGCAAGGUGUUGUACACCUUCAGCUUUUGGCUGCUGUUCCGGCAACAACAGAAGGAGAAACAGGAAGAGCAGGAUCUCAAGGAGUCUGACGAGUAUCUGGAAGAAGUGAAAGUACUCCCAUCGGAGGAAGGUGAAACCUCUCCCAUAAUGGAGAUGCUGGGUUCAGCGGUCAAGGGAACCCUGGUGAAGUACUGGAUCCUGUUCUGCUGCUCCAUGUUCUUUGUGGUCAGCUUCUCCGGGAAGGUGAUGGUCUACAAGAUCCUCUACAUCGUGCUGUUCCUCUUCUGUGUCGUCCUCUACCAGAUCCGUUGUGACGUGUGGAGGCGAGUGCUGAAGUACUUCUGGGCGGUGGUGGUGGGCUACUCCAUGGUGGUCCUGAUUGCCAUCUACAUGUACCAGUUCAAGACUGUCUCUGGCCUGUUCAGACAGAUCAUGGGCAUGUCUGAGGAAGGUCUGCGUGAUCUCGGGUUGGAGCAAUAUGAUACUGUGGAGCUGUUUGCUCGGAUCCUCCUCCCUGCAGCCUUCCUAUUGGCCUGCAUCCUGCAGCUACACUACUUCAACCAGGACUUCCUGGAUCUCACCAACCUGGACAACGUACCUGUCCACCACGGACCAACCAGAGAGGAGGAGCUGAGGAACUCCGUCAAUGUGAUAGCUGACAUGAUGGCGAAGGAGCAGAGCGAGCAGACGAGUGGGGAGUCGGAACGUGUGGGGAGUCAGGACACGUUGGAUAAUGAUGGACUGUCUGCCUCAUCAGAGAAACCUGAGGAGGAGCAGGGGGGAACAGUUCCCCCAGAGGAGCGUCUGACCCAGUGGGGGUUGAUUGUGGACCGGGCCAGCCUGCUGCUGUUCCAGGCUCUGGCUCUCUUCCAGCGGGCUCAGGAGAUGGGCUGGAGGCUGCUGGAGGUUCACAGCCUCAAGAUUGUUUCCACUGGCAUCAUCUGGGUGUCCCUACAAGAGGUGUCCCUGAUGAACUUCAUGUUCCUGGUUCUGUGGACCUUCGCCCUGCCCUUCCCCCGGCUCCGCCCCAUCGCCUCCAGUGUGUCCUCGGUCUGGGCCUGUGUCAUGGUGGUGUGUAAGAUGCUGUACCAGCUCAAGGUCAUCAAACCUCUGGAGUACUCCUCCAACUGCACCGCCGUGAGUUCACUUACCACUAGCAUGCGAAACACUGAUCAAAUAUUCACUAAGCUGCUGAGGAGGUCUGUGCUGUAUGUGAAGCCUGUUGACCCAGCCAUAUGGUGUGGAGCCCUGCGCAAGUGUGAAGACAGGAUCCUGCCCUGUCUCAGCAACCACCUGACGGUGCUGGGGCUGCUGGUGUUUGAGGUGACGGUCUCUCGACACCAGCUCUACUACCGCCUUCACAACAACCUCAAGGUCCCCACCUUCAGCAUUAUCUUCCAGGGCAUCACACGCCAGCACCUGGACCAUGGCAUCCUGCCCUGCAUCAAGUACUUCGUCAACUACUUCUUCUACAAGUUUGGCCUGGAGGUGUGCUUUGUGGUGGCGGUGAAUGUGAUUGGCCAGCGGAUGGAUUUCUACUCGCUGCUGCACGCCUGUGCCCUGAUGGCCGUUCUGUCACGACGACGCAGGAAGGCCAUGGGGGAGGUGUGGCCUAAGUACUGCUGCUUCACUGCAGGACUCAUGGUGCUGCAGUACCUGCUCUGUAUCGGCAUCCCUCCCGCUCUCUGUGUCGAUUAUCCAUGGAGGACCUCCAGUCAGGCUUUGACCUCCAACCUCAUCAAGUGGCUUUACCUGCCUGACUUUGCCAUGCGUCCCUCCCCUUCCUUCAUCCUCUACGACCACCUCCUGCUGCUGUGCUCCACGCUGCAGUGGCAGGUGUUUGAGGAGGAGAACAGGGCUGCCGUGCGCCUCAUGGCAGGGGAGAACGUGGAGAUCAGCCGCAGCUUGGACCCGCGUUCCUUCAACCAGUACAUUCCCGUCAACAACUUCCUCCAAUGCAGGUCCUACCUGGACAUCGCCAAAGUGUUUGUGUUCAGCUACUUCUUCUGGCUAGUGCUGUGCCUCAUCUUCAUCACGGGCACCACCCGCAUCAACAUCUUCUGCCUAGGCUACCUGGUAGCCUGCUUCUACUUCAUGCUGUUUGGAGGAAGCCUGCUAAUGAAGCCCGUACGAUACAUCCUCAGGCUCUGGGACUGCCUCAUCGGAUACACUUGCUUCGUCAUUGGCAUGAAGAACCUGCUAUCGCUUGGCUCGUGUGCUUAUCUGGACAGCCUGUUGAAGAAUGGCUGCUGGCUCAUUCAGGCCUUCAGCAUGGUCUGUACAGUCAAAGGCUAUGAUGUCUGUAAGUCUGCUCCUGAUGAUGAGUGUGAGCUGCCGGAGGGGGAGGCGGGCAUUGUGUGGGAUGCGAUCUGCUUCACCGUGCUCUUGGCUCAGAGAAGGGUUUUCCUCAGCUACUACUUCCUGUAUGUGGUGUCUGACCUCAGGGCAUCCAAGAUCCUGGCCUCCAGGGGUGCUGAGCUCUUUGAAGCCAAGGUGAAGAAACUGGUUGCUGCCAGACUGGAGAUGGAGAGGAAGUCUGUGGCGACGCUGAAGAAGCAGAUGGAGAAGAUCAAAUCCAAACAUAAGAGUAAGCCUGGCCAGGGAGACGCAGCAACGCCCCCUGCUGAUAUAGUGCCAAAGGGUGAGAGUGAGAAGGCUGGGAACGAUCAGGGGAAAUGGUGGAAACCAUGGGUCUCUCGGCCUGGCGUUGAGAACAACUGUGGCUACCAUCUUUUUGAGAGUGACAGUGAAGAGGAAGAGGAGGAAGUCCAGGAAAAGAAAGAGGAAGAGGCUACACUAAAGAAGAAAUCUUCUUUUCAGAUAGCCUAUGAGGCAUGGGCCACAAGCUCCAAAGCAGCCCUGGAUUUGCACAAAAAAGAAGAAAACAAGAUGAAAAAUGAGGAGAAGAGGAGGGCAAAGAGAGAGCUGCAAAGACAGCAAGGCAUUGAGAGAGCCGAGUCUCACGAGUCGGACGAGUUGGAGGUGGAAGAGAGCGAUGAAGAGGAGGAGAAAGAUAACCUAUUUCAGAGGAUCAUCUACUCACUCAAGUUUCUAUGGGUGUUUAUCCUGUCCCUUUUGGAUGACGUCACUGAGGGCCUUAACUCUUUCUGCAAAGAUAACCAGGACAUCACCAAAGUGCUGCGCUUUGAGAGGGCUCUUCUUGGCCAGCAACAGAAAAAGGGGAAAGAAGUGUCACAGGAGAGCGUGACGCGCUUCUAUGAGAACUGGAUGUCUAGGCAGAGCACUCUGGCCUCGCUGGAAGACCAAGAUGACAUAGUUCUCCCCAUCUCCUCCCCACCACCUGUACCCUCAUCACCGCGAGGUUACUCAAAGCUGAAACACACCCAUUCCAAAAUCUCCUGGGGUAGCAGCUUGUCCAGCUGCGUGACCGACGAGACCCUGCUGGGGUCUCGACAGCCCACUCUGGAUGAGCUGGAUGACCCUCCUCUACUCCAGCCAACUGCCGAGCAACUCAGACGGAAACUACUGAAAACUGCCAACCUGGACCUUGGCUCAUUUGACAGCGAAGUCCCUCCACCAAGCAGCCAUGAUGAUACUGUUCCUGAUAAGGAGGACCGUGAAGGAGAGGAUGCAUGUAAAAAGGAGGGGGAGUCUACAGCGGAGGAGGAGUAUAGAAUGGAGAAAGAGGAAUGGAGGGAGGAAGAAGAGGAAGAGAGGGAAAAAGCUGUGAUGUUUUCGGGAUUUAUCUCCCUGGACUAUCUGGAGUGUAAUGAGAAGUGCGACGAUUUCCCAGACUCCCCCCGGCCUCUGAGUGAGACCAGGAACCUCACGGCUAGUGAGCUGCUGCUCAACAACAUGUUUGAAGACGAUGAAAUUGAAGAGUCUGAUAAGUUUUUCCAGUCUCUCCCGAGGCACCUGAGACUGGUGUUUGCCCUGUACAACACCAUGGUGUCGAAGUCAGAGAUGCUGUGCUACUUUGUGAUCAUCCUGAACCACAUGGUGUCUGCCUCCCUGCUCAGCCUGAUCCUGCCUAUCCUCAUCUUCCUCUGGGCCAUGCUGUCUGUGCCUCGCCCAACCAAGCGCUUCUGGAUGACUGCCAUCAUCUACACAGAGCUGAUUGUGGUGGUCAAGUAUUUUUUCCAGUUUGGCUUUUUCCCCUGGACCACCUCGGUCUACCGAGGCAUCAAUGCAGACCGGCCCUUUGCUCUGCCCAACAUCAUUGGGGUAGAGAAGAAAUAUGGCUAUGUUCUCUUUGACUUGAUACAAAUGCUGGCUCUGUUCUUCCAUCGCUCCAUUCUGAAGUGCCACGGUCUUUGGGAUAACAAAGAGGUGGAGAUGCCAGACUUCUUCAAGAAGUUAAAGAAGAAGACGGAGAAGAUUAAGAUGAGUGGAGGAGAAAAAAAAGGGGACGAGCCGAAGCGAAGACUGCCCUGCCUCCCUCUCCAGGCCUCGACUGCGUCCUUGUUUUGCAGAUGUGGAAAAGCCAACUCCACUGAGACAAACGGUGAUAUGCGGCUCACAAAGUGCCACUCCAAGAAGAAGAGGCACCACAAUAAAGUUCCCCUGACCAGGAAGGAGAGCAUCAAAAAGCUGAUUAGAGAAAGGAUGCUGGAGGCUAAAGCUGCUAUCAUUGAAGUUGCCCUGCAUAUAUACCUACCCAUCAGGCAGUUCUUCUAUGACAUAAUUCACCCAGAGUGCAGCCCGGUGUGUGACGUCUACGCUCUCAUGUUUCUGAUUGACGUGGUCAACUUCAUUGUCAUCAUAUUUGGAUACUGGGCGUUUGGGAAACACAGUGCUGGUGCUGACAUCACAGAUGCUCUUGGGGAGGACCAGGUCCCAUCGGCCUUCCUGGUCAUGCUGCUCAUCCAGUUUGGCACCAUGAUUGUGGACCGCGCUCUGUACCUCCGCAAAACCCUAAUGGGAAAAUGUGUCUUCCAAGUGGUGCUGGUGUUUGGUAUCCACUUUUGGAUGUUUUUCAUACUCCCUGGGGUGACUGAGAGGAGGUUCAACAUGAACCAGGUGGCACAGUUGUGGUACUUUGUGAAGUGCAUCUACUUUGGCCUCUCCGCCUACCAGAUCAAGUGUGGCUACCCAAAUUGUGUGCUGGGAAACUUCCUGACCAAGAACUACAACUACCUCAACCUAUUCCUUUUUCAAGGGUUUCGCCUGGUUCCGUUCCUCAUAGAGCUGCGUGCCGUGAUGGACUGGGUCUGGACCGACACCACCCUCAGCCUGGGCAGCUGGAUCUGUGUCGAGGACAUUUAUGCCAACAUCUUCAUACUCAAGUGCUGGAGGGAGUCGGAGAAGAAAUACCCACACAUCCCAGGGCAGAAGAAGAAAAUGGUGGUGAAGUAUGGAAUGGGUGGCUUCAUCAUAUUCUUCCUCAUCAGUGUCAUCUGGUUCCCCCUCCUCUUCAUGUCAUUGGUCAAGUCAGUGGCUGGAGUGACCAAUCAGCCUCUAGAUGUCUCUAUUCAGCUCAGCAUAGCAGGAUAUGAGCCAAUGUUCACAAUGAGCGCCCAGGAGCAGAACCUGGUGCCAUACUCAGUUGCAGGCCUCAACCGGCUCAACAACCUCUAUGCCACUCACCCAUCAGCUAUGCAGUUCCUUGGGAACUACAUGGCCGAGGACAUUGUCAUUGCAAAGAUCAAGAGUGAUGCCAGUCUGCUGUGGAGCAUCAGCCCUGCCAGCCGUGACGCUAUGAUCCAUGAACUCAGCAACUCCACCCAUAUCUACAUCACCCUGCGAUGGGUACUACUCAGGAAUGCGUCUCUGUCGAUGAACGUGGAGACCAUGGGGGAACACACUGUGAAGUAUGAGGACCGGACCCUGAGGGAUCAGAUCGUUCAGAUGCUCAAAGGGACACGCAGUGACUCUGUGAUCAUUGAGUCUCUCCUGCCCAAGUUCCUCAGAGGUUCCGGAGGACCUGUGUCCAAUAUGGCCACCCGUCUGAAAGUAGAACACUCAGAUCGGCCUGAGGACCUGCAGACUUUUGCCUUCUUCUUGCCCCUGUCCAUCAAACUACAGCGCGCAGAAGACAACGGAAGUGCAGAGGGGGGUCAGUGGUGGAUAGUGCAGGAAUGCACUCCUGGAAAGGGGCACAUCCAGAGCAGCUGCCACAAAAUUGAGAUAGUGGUGUUCAACGACAAAGUCAGUCCCCCCAGCCUGGAUGCUCUUGCGGGACAGGGAAUCGUGGGCCUGUACAUGUCUGUGGUGCUGGUCGUCGGGAAGUUUGUCAGGGAAUUCUUCAAUGGGAUAUCCCGCUCAAUUAUGUUUGAGGAGCUGCCGUGUGUGGAUCGGGUGUUGAAGCUCUGCACGGACAUCUUUGUUGUGCGAGAGACUGGCGAGAUGGAGCUGGAGGAAACACUGUUUGAGAAGCUCAUCUUCCUGUAUCGCUCACCGGAGACCAUGAUCAAGAUUACCAGAGAGAAGAGCGACUAGAGAGCAUGAUGACAUUUGUUAUGAAGAGGACGAUUUGGGUUUUGGUUCUUAUCUGGGGUGUAUUCAUCAUGCCGAUUUUGCAACAGAAACCGUUCACUCAAAGGUUUUGUAACAAACUAGUUUCUAUUGGACAAAUUCAGGUAGGUCCCUCCCUGUUUCGUUUAAGAACCAAACAGCUUCCAUUGCAAGAUGUAAUGAAUACACCCCUGGAGUUGCACUUUUGAUUGUACUCCUGCACAAUGCAUGCAUUUUUCAGUGACUUAUGAUUUUACAACGGAAGACCAUAGGCCAAUCAGAAGUGUUCCAAAUGUUAAACAAUUUAAUUUAAGUUUAGUUGCAACAUCAUAGAUGUUUUGUAUAAAGCUGAUAGAAAUACAUUAUGUAGAACAGACCUGCUUCUCUCUCUCAACAUUCUGAACACGACCCCGUUUCAUUCCACUGAAAAGCUCAUCUAAAAGUAUUCAUUCUCAUUUCACACUGUAGUUCAUGUACAGUAUUUAAUUCAAUGAAUAAAAUAUUUGAACUACAAGGCCAAGUUCAGAGCUUUUAGCCUACUUUUACGUGUUCACAGUUAAUAUUGCCAGAUAAAGCAUGAGUUAAUCUAGCAGACAAUUAUUUUUAGAUGGGAGUUUUAUUUCAUUUUCUUAAUUACAAAUUAUAAAGGGGAAAAAUCUAUUAUGUUAAGUUUUCCAUCUCUCGACAAAUCUAGAUGUAA